AUGGACGAUUAUAUACAAGACGGCCAACCUGCAGGCACGGCCGAACUAUCAUCGCCUCUCACCUGGACCCCAGAACAUAAUGCCUAUACACUGAGCGCAGCUGCAGUUGAAAACGACUCUAUCCCCGAACUUAAAAAGUCGCUAGCUCUCGCCCGGAUAUUUCUCCCUAAAUUUGACACCGACUACGUCCAAUUCCGCGAUGAGGUGUUCCGCGACGUCCUCGGCCACCAUUCAAUAACCUUACUUACCUAUAUGCUAGACCACGAAGGGGUGCCCGUUUCUCUGGUAACUCCUAACUCCAUCUUCCAAUGGGCGUCACUGCCUCUCAUCGAGGCGCUCAUUGCGCGCGGAUGGGAUGUCAAUGCGCAAGACGGCGCCGCAUUUAACGGCAAGCGCCUGAUUGAUUACCUCGUCCGCGAGCGGUACGGCAAGGAGGAUCUGGUGCGAUGGCUCAUCGAGGGGAAAGGGGCGGCAGUUGAAAGCCAGCCAUGUGAUACCGACGGCUAUAAGACGAGAGUGCAGCUACCGCCCUUGCUUGAGACUUGCGCAGCUUUUGGCUCGGUUUCCAUGUUCAAGUUUCUCGAAGAGAAGGGUGCAAGGUCUAGCUGGCGUAUCUUGCACGUGGCCGUGGAAACAGCCGCCAGCAGAGGCGCAAAUCCCGACUGUGAGGUACCCGCACAGACCCCUAAUGAAAAAGCGAAGAACAUGAGUGUUGAGAUGCUGCACUAUCUUGUGGACGAACGCCAGCUAGAUAUCAACGGUAUGGAUGCUGAUGGAACCCCCCAAAAUCCAACAGAUAGCCACUGGGAUACACCAAUAUGCUAUGCGUCACGUUGCCGGAAUGGAGCCCCUGUGGUAAGAUGGUUACUCAAGAAAGGGGCUGAUCCAACUUCCAAGAACCCUAAUUCCGGCUUCGACGCUGUAGCAUAUGCUAAAGAGGCUAAAUGUGAUGAGGUUCUCAGUGUGCUAGAGGAGUGGCAAAGGACAAAAGUCCAACGUUAAGGGUUAGAUCGGUAAUUUCAAAUAAUAGAGAGAACUUCUGUAAGUUUUAAAAAGGUACAG